AUGGCAAGUAAUUCUACUCCUGGUACUUCUGCUACCGCAACAACUUCUAAUGUUCCUGUUCCGGUUGUUCUACCAUAUGCGAAGCCGUUUCCUGAUGUUUCAAAUAUUGAAAUAUUCGCUAAUGAAAACUUGAAAAGUUGCAAAGAAGGAAAAGUCAUCUGGGAAGCUUUAAUCAAGAAGUUUACAGCUGAAGAUGUAACCAAACAAAAGUUUGUGGUUGGAAAAUUUUACAAUUGGCAAAUGAGUGAUGUGAAAGAAAUAAAAAUUCAAAUAAAUGAAUAUCAAAAUCUGUUAGAAGAUUUGAAGGCUAAGGACAUCACUUUACCAGAAAAAUUUGUUGCAGGGGUAUUGAUUGAAAAAUUGCCUGAAUCAUGGAAUGACUAUAAAAAUAACUUGAAACAUAAGCAGACAAAUUUUACUAUUGAGAAAAUAAUAAAUCAUAUUCUAAUUGAAGAUACCAACAGAAAUGAGUCAUUCAAAUCUAAGCAGGCUGCGCUCAAUGCAAAUUUAGUACAAGGUCAACACAGCAACAAUAGAAGGUACAGAAUUAGAAAUAACAAAGAAAUGAGAAAUCCUCCCAAAGCUAAUUUAGCUGAAAGAGAUGAAAUAAUUGCAGCUGUUAUUUCUGAAGUAAAUAUGGUGGCACAUAUAAAAGAAUGGUCAGUAGACUCUGGAGCUACUCGACACAUUUGUACAAAUCGAGAAGCAUUUGCCUUCUAUACAUCAAUAGGAGAUGAUAGUGAAGUAGUCUACCUUGGAUACUCAAGAACUGCUAAAGUCUUGGGCAAGGGUAAAGUACUCCUAAAACUCACUUCGGGAAAAACUUUAGCCCUAAUGGAUGUGCUACAUGUUCCUACAAUGCAAGCAAACCUGAUUUCUGUGGCUUUGCUAGAUAAAGUUGGAAUGAAAGUAUUUACUAAGUUGUAUUUGCUUAGAAACAAAGAUGAUGUAUUUGAUGAUUUUGUGUCUUAUAAAUCUGAAAUUGAAAAUCAGCUUAGUAGAGAAAUCAAGAGAAUUAGAUCUGACAGAGGUGGAGAAUAUGUAUCUUUGAAUGCUUUUUGUGAAAAAUAA